AUGUUCCGAGCGCCGGUCCUCCUCCUUCUGCUAUUUUCCGUGCAUCUCGGAUUCGCGUCCGCCGAUGAACGUCUCUCUUCCACGUCGAUCUCCUCGAUGCACGGAUUCUCGACGACACGAAAAUGCGAGCCGAUCACGAUCCCAAUGUGCAAGAAUCUCGACUACAACAUGACCGUCUUUCCGAAUCUCGUCGGCCACGUCUCGCAGGCGGAAGCCAAUCCGGCCAUCUCGCAGUUCAAUCCGCUCAUCAAAGUGAAGUGCUCCGAGGACAUUCGCCUCUUCCUCUGCACCGUCUACGCGCCCGUCUGUACGGUACUCGAGAAGCCGAUCCAACCGUGCCGCGAGCUGUGUCUGUCGGCCAAGAACGGAUGCGAGUCGCUCAUGAAGAAGUUUGGAUUCUCGUGGCCCGAACAGUUGGAUUGCAACAAGUUCCCGGUCACCGACCUGUGCGUGGGCAAGAACUCGAGCGAGUCGAGCUCAGCGAAAAAGUGAGUGCAUUUCCGACCUGGAGAUUAUGAUUCAGUCAAUACAAAGUUUCAGAAGCAGCAACGACGUCACAUUCGGUGUGUCCACGAGCGCCAAUGAAGUCGUGCUCUCGCCGAAACAGUGUCCCCACGUGAUGCACACCACCAGCGGCUCUCACUUUUCCCUUCCCUUGCUCAGCGGCCGUCUUCCCGAAUGUUCGCUGACCUGCGAGGCCGACAAUCAGGUGCCGAUGAUGUUCGACGGCCGAAUCCGUCGGAUCCUCCGCAUCUGGACGGCCGCCUGGUCCGUCGCCUCGUUCGUCUGCUGCCUCUUCACUCUCGUCACCUUCCUCGUCGAUCUGUCCAGAUUUGCGUAUCCGGUCCGUCCAAUUCUCUACUUGACGUUCUCCUAUCUCGUCAUUUCACUGGUUUACAUGAUUGGUAAGCGUUCCCGAUGUUUCAUGGAAAACUAUUGAAAUAACCUCUUCAGGAGUCGUUGGAGAAGACAAUUUCGCAUGCGGAACGUACGGAUCGACGCCGACGGUGCUUGUGACUCAGGGAGGAGAGAAUGUAGGAUGCAGUGCUCUCGCCGUUGUCCAUUACUUUUUCUUCAUGGCCAGCUGUGCAUGGUAUGUCUGUCAUCCGUCCGUUUCUCCUGACAAUGUACUAAUUUCAGGUGGCUGGUUCUGUGUCUCGCCUGGUUCCUGGCCGCCUAUCUGAAGUGGGGAGCCGAGUCGAUCGCCGCCCUCUCGCCGUACUUCCACGCAAUGUGCUGGGGCGCGCCGGCCGUUCUCUCCGUCGCCGUGCUCGUCACCAACUCGAUCGACGGCGACAUUUUCACUGGAAUCUGCUCGGUCGGCAAUCUGAAUCCCUCGGCGCUCAUCUACUUUUUCUUCGCUCCCAUCGUCGGCUCGUUGGGUAAGUUGUUCGCCGAUUCGGUUGGCUGCCCGUAUGCGCGCGUACCAAAUCGAAUUUAUUUUAUUUUUUCGACGACGCCGUUCUCUGUUAUUUAUCGACCGCCUAUUUUCAGCAGUCGGAGCGGCUCUGCUCUUUGUCGGAAUCGUGUCGAUGGUUCGGAUUAGAAGUUAUAUCAAACUGCAGCACGCUGACGUCGAAAGGAACAUUAGCAAGUUGGAGAAACUCAUGUUGAGGUAGAAACAGUGGAAGCGGAAACUACAGUACAAACGUCUGGUUUUUUUUUUUAGAAUCGUGGCGUUCGCCGUCAUGUACGCCCUGCCAACAGUCAUCCAAGCACUCAUUCUGUGGUAUCAAGCGGUUAACAUGCCCGGAUGGCUCGAAGGAUGGCUUCAUCACCGGUGCAUCCGAGUUUCGGACCGAGAGCUUUUCGGCUUCUCCUACCCUCUGAGCGAGUGUCCUCCGGAUCCAAAAGUGGCGAAUCCUGAAAUCGGACUGUUCCUACUAAAGUAAAUAAGCUUUCCAAGCAACUUUUCAUUCCAACCUCGCCUCUUUCAGAUACGUAUCCCAAUUGGUGGUCGGUAUCACGUGUGCAAUCUGGAUUGUCUCCUCGAAGACGCUCUCCAGCUACCACAAAGCCUACCUGGCGCUCUCCAGCAAACCAGCCCCUCAGAAUGGCGCCCAUGACCUGGCGAACAUGCGGUGA